GUUGGUGGGUGAUGCUGCGGACGUCGCUAUCCAAGAUGGCUGCUACCAUGGUGGAACAUGUUGUCGUAGAUGCGGGAGGAUUUUUGAAGAAAGCUCCUCUUCAGGAAAUCGGGAAGAAUAUCUACACCCUGAAGGAGUUAGUAGAGGAAAUUAGAGACAAGCCACCGGAGGAGUCUGUCAGUCCUCCAUAUAAACUCAACUUCAAAGAGCCGUACCCAGAGGACAUCAGAUUAGUGUUGCUGUCUGUGUUGAGUGACGAGUUCUCCAAGAAGACUGGAGACUACCCCAGCCUUCUGCCACAGACAUCAAGGUUGGCUCUGGCAUACCAGCUGGAGAGGGAACACGUUGGGACGGACCACCUGAGGAAAGAAACCGGAGGUCAAGUCCAGGUAUCCAGUACAAGGAGACAUCCAGAGGCUCCCGUUGGCGUGGCAGGAUUCCACUUCCCCUCAAAGAGGCCAGCUGAUGGGCUGUUCAGUGGCAGACAGAGGCCAGCAGCACAGACGCCAGAGCACAACCAGCACAGCUAUAACCCUCCAGAGAUCGCAGAGUACAACAGCUUCCAGUUCUGGAGGAACCCUCUGCCCUGCUUCGACACUGACCUGCUGGAUCUAGUGGACAUUCAGGACCUGUCAAUAUCAGACGGAGCAGCGGACACCGUCCACACAGAACCUGGGACCGGGACCGGGUCAGAGGAGCACGGCAGUGGGUCGGAGGAGGAGGAAGAUGAAGAGGAUGAAGAGGAGGAGGAUGGCGGCGGUUGGAUCACCCCUAGCAACAUUAAACAGGUUCAGAUGGAGACGGGGAUCUGGGCGUCGCCUGCGGACAUUAAAGUGGCGUGUCUCACCACCGACUUCGCUAUGCAGAACGUCCUGAUUCAGAUCGGGCUCCAUGUCCUCUCUGUGAAUGGGAUGCUCAUCAAGCAGGCCAGGAAUUACAUCCUGAAUUACAUCCUGCGAUGUCACGCCUGUUUCAAGACCACCACCAACAUGAAUAAGAGUGUUCUGUCCACCUGUGGCAUCAGAACGCUGAAGAAGGUGGCCGUACAUCGCGAGGACGGAAGCAUCCAGAUGCAUCUCUCAAAGAACCCAAAACCAGUUAUCAACCCAAAAGGAAACAGGUACUCCUGCCCCUGCCACAGGGGGGGCAAACACGGCAGCAACCCCCACCUGGUGGAGGACCACGCGCUUCCCCAGCCGCGUGUUGUCCCGUAAGCCCGCCAGAAGACGGACGUCUUAAACCCAGACUACCUGGCCGGGGGCGGCUCACCUUUCUCUGAUCACGACAUCUACAGCCGCUCUGCCAACCUGCACAUCACAGACGGGCGCGGAGGGGGACGGAGGAGGGCCAACCCAACGCUGCCCGCAAGAAGAAAUGUGUUGAGAAGCCAUCUUGAGAAUCGGAAACCAUCUUGA